AUGGCAAGCGCAUCCCCACGUUCCAGUCCCCUACCUGCUAAUACCGACCUCCCAACCAACGAGAAUGCAGUCGAUGCGAAUGCAGUGACCGAGGAACCUGCCGUGUCCAUCGAGGUCGGCCUUCAUAAGAAUAUGUCAAGCACCCUGGAGCAGAUCCGAGAUGAAAUCAUGCCGAAUAACACGAGCGAGGAGCAUGUGGUGUGCGUUAAGGGAAACCUGGCCAGGAAUAAGUCAGACACCCUGGAGCAGACCCCGGAAAAUGGGAUCAAGCCGAAUAGCGCAAAUAAAAAUCCUGCGGUCUCCAUCGAAGGAAGCCUUGCUAAGAAAAUGUGA